UUGUCCUUGCCUGUUUCCAUUUAUUUAAGCCCCCAAAUUUGACAACCUCCUCCCUCUUUCUCUCUCUCUCCGUUUUCUCUGUCUUCCUCAACAACAAAACCUUUCCCAUUUUGACAUUUUUGUUCUCUCUUCAACAACCCUUCUUUCAAUCUCUCUCUCUCUCUCUCUAUCUCUGUGCGUGUGAAUCAGUGGUAGAGUUUUGAGUUCUCAUGGCGCAGCAAUCCUUGAUCUACAGCUUCGUGGCGCGUGGGACGUUGAUCCUCGCGGAGCACACUGACUUCAGCGGCAACUUCACCACCAUAGCCUUGCAGUGUUUGCAGAAACUCCCUGCCUCCAACAACAAGUUCACCUACACCUGCGACGGUCACACCUUCAACUACCUCGCCGAUAAUGGAUUCAGUAAUCUUUCCUAUUUUUUUGUAGCUUUUUGUGUAGUGGCAGUGGAAUCUGUUGGUCGACAGGUUCCAAUGGCCUUUCUUGAACGUAUCAAGGAGGAUUUUACUAAACGAUAUGGUGGAGGAAAAGCUACAACAGCAGCUGCAAAAAGUCUUAACAAAGAAUUUAGACCAAAGCUGAAGGAGCAUAUGCAGUAUUGUGUGGAACAUCCAGAGGAGGUUAGCAAACUUGCAAAAGUGAAAGCUCAGGUUUCGGAAGUCAAAGAAGUUAUGAUGGAAAAUAUUGAGAAGGUUCUUGAUCGAGGAGAGAAGAUUGAGGUUUUGGUGGAUAAAACCGAGAACCUUCACUAUCAGGCACAAGAUUUCAGGCAGCAGGGAACCCAGUUGAGGAGAAAGAUGUGGUAUCAGAACAUGAAGAUCAAGCUAAUAGUUCUUGGUAUCAUAAUUGCCUUGAUUCUCAUUAUUGUUCUUUCUGUGUGCCACGGUUUCCAUUGUGGUCGUUAAGUCCUCUCACUUAUCUAGAAUUGUCACCACAUUGCAUUUUUUGUAAUUUACUAUAUUUGCAUGAAAUGAACAUUAUAGGUUUGUUUGUUUGACAUUCCAAGGCUUUAUGUAAAAAAAAAAUGCUCAAACGGAAAAUGGGGUGAGGGGAAGGGAAAUGAAUAACGUGUGAAGGUAAGAUGCAUACUAUGGUACUUUGGCCGUUUUUCAUUUCUCUUGCCUCUCCCGUAAAC